AAAAGCUGUACAUUUGGUGGGGAAAUUAUAAAAGGAAAAGGAAGAAAAAAAUUGUUCCUAACGCUUGGGUUCCUUCUAGGGUUCCUUCCGUCUUCUCGCGCUGAAGAUGUCGGUCGGUCUUGAAUGAACUGGGAAGCAGAAGCUUGAGAAAUUCCUGGCGCUCUGGGGUUGCUUUCUUUGUUCUUCCAUCUCCGUUGGAUUGCUUGACGUACUUGUGAUUUUCUCGGAGCAAAGUUGGUUUUUAUCGUGGACGCGGUUGGGGAAUUCAGGGUUAGGGUUUUGUUGGAGCUGUUGAAGAAGAAAAGGUUGUUCGGGGGUUGGAGAAGGGGGAAAGGCGAGGAGUUGGUAUUCCAAUUAUGCGAACAUCUUGGGCGGAUUCUGUGGCGAAUUCGGCUGCUGAGAAUGUAGCCGCCCCGCCUCCUGCCGCUGGUGCUGGUGCUUCUCGUGCUCCGACGCGCUCGUCGUACGUUCCUCCCCAUCUGCGCGGCCGACAAGCUGCGGCUGAUCCCGUUCCGGCGUCGAGUGACGCGUCUUCUGGGUAUAGAUCUGGUGGUGCUGUUGGUCCCGGUGGUGGUGGGGCUGGUGCUGGCGGGGGUUACGGUGGCACCUCUGGCAGCCGGUGGGGUGGACGCGAUGCUGGGAGGCCGGGUUAUGGUGGGUACGGCACCGGCGGUGGUGGCCGUGGUGGAGGUGGAUGGAGCAGCAGGGGUGGUGGAUGGGAUAAGGGGAGAGAGCGAGAGGUGAAUCCCUUCGAGAACGAUGAUGCCACCGAGCGCGCGUUCGCUGAGCAGGAGAACACCGGGAUCAACUUUGAUGCUUACGAGGAUAUACCGGUCGAAACGAGCGGCAAGGAUGCUCCUCCUCCGGUGAAUACUUUUGCAGAUAUUGACCUCGGAGAUGCCCUCAAUGAGAAUAUAAGGAGGUGCAGGUACGUGAGGCCGACGCCGGUGCAACGACAUGCCAUCCCAAUUUUGCUCGGGGGACGAGACCUUAUGGCAUGUGCUCAAACGGGAUCGGGGAAGACAGCUGCUUUCUGUUUCCCUAUUAUCAGCGGGAUUAUCAAGGGCCAACCCCCCCAGAGACCACCACGAGGUGCAAGGACGGUUUAUCCCCUUGCGCUGAUUCUAUCUCCUACGAGAGAGCUAUCCUGCCAGAUACACGAGGAAGCAAGAAAGUUCUCCUAUCAGACAGGUGUCAGGGUUGUUGUUGCAUAUGGUGGAGCACCAAUAAAUCUCCAGCUGAGGGAUCUGGAAAGGGGUGUUGAUAUUCUUGUUGCAACCCCAGGACGCUUGGUGGACUUGCUUGAGAGAGCAAGAGUUUCCUUACAAAUGGUAAGGUACUUGGCACUUGAUGAGGCUGAUAGGAUGCUGGAUAUGGGUUUUGAGCCUCAGAUUAGGAAAAUAGUUGAACAAAUGGAUAUGCCACAGCGUGGUAUAAGACAGACUAUGUUAUUUAGUGCCACAUUCCCGAAGGAGAUACAGAGACUGGCUUCUGAUUUCCUUUCAAACUAUAUUUUCCUGGCUGUGGGAAGGGUUGGUUCAAGCACUGAUUUGAUUGUUCAAAGGGUGGAAUAUGUUCUUGAGUCAGAUAAAAGGAGCCACCUGAUGGACCUCCUUCAUGCCCAGAGAGAUAAUGGAACACAUGGCAAGCAAGCUCUUACGUUAGUUUUUGUGGAGACCAAGAAGGGUGCAGAUUCAUUGGAGCACUGGCUAUGUAUGAAUGGAUUUCCAGCCACAACGAUUCAUGGUGAUAGAACACAGCAGGAAAGAGAAUAUGCGUUGAGAUCCUUUAAGAGCGGUACCACUCCAAUUUUGGUCGCCACAGAUGUUGCUGCACGUGGGCUUGACAUACCUCAUGUGGCUCAUGUGGUUAACUUUGAUCUCCCAAAUGAUAUUGAUGACUAUGUCCAUCGCAUUGGCCGUACUGGACGAGCAGGCAAAAGUGGCUUGGCAACUGCAUUCUUCAAUGAUAACAAUUCAUCAUUAGCAAGGUCGUUGGCUGAGCUGAUGCAAGAAGCAAACCAGGAAGUUCCUGCUUGGCUUUUGCGAUAUGCAUCUAGAUCAUCCUAUGGUGGUGGUGGAAGGAACCGUCGUUCAGGAGGGGGUAGGUUUGGCGGUCGUGACUUCCGUCGGGAUGGUGGCUCCUUUGCUAGAGGGGGAGGUGGUGGUUCUUCUGAUUAUUAUGGUGGUGGUGGAAAUGCUGGUGGUGCUUAUGGGUCUUCUCAUGCUUAUGCUGGUGGAUAUGGUGGGCCUGGUGUUACCAGUGCAUGGGAUUAACUUGCUCCAUGAGGGGCGGGUAAAAUGGGUUUUGGCCGUGUUAUUUAGCAUCUGGGACUGAUAUGCCCCUCUAGGAGUCCUCUGUCUUCCUCUUUCCUUACGCACUUGAUAUUUAUAAUUUUGAUAGGAAUUCUCUUAGGAUGAA